AUGGAUUCCAAAGAGGCACAAAAGAUACAAACAAUUUCAAAACCUGCCAAAAUCGCUGUGUUUUCGAUCACUUGCUACACUUUUGGCAUUGGACUGAUCUCCGGACUGUUGCUGUCGAGAUUCAACAGGAAGACUGGGAAGUACAGUCUCAACCCAAUCGCCAAGAUAUGGUCAGUUGUCUUGGCAGUUUCUAUUGUGAUCUACUACCCUUAUGCCUUUUCCCAGUUGGAAGUGUACAAUCGGAAUUUAAUGUCUCUCAAGUCAACGAUGGGAUUGACGACUUUUGUGCAAGUGUGCCUGAAUUACUUCUCUCUGAUCCUGAUCUAUGUCAUUCACUUUAUCAGGGCGGAUGUGCUGAUGGAUAUCCUUAACAAUAUUCAUCAAAUUCACAUUCAAAUCAAUGAUUUGUGUAGCAAUUGUACGAGUUUCGUCUGGAAUGUGUUCCUACUAUUCAUCCGAAAAGCCUUUCUGGUGACUCUGUUCGCAAUUACUUUUGGUUAUCUGUACCUUCGCGGGAUGAAUGAAAUGCUAAACAUCACGAAUCCACUUCAGAUGUGGUACUCUUGCUUCGUCUUCAUGUGCCCAUAUUUUAUUCAGACAUUUGCGGGAAAUUUCUUCUACAUGGGCGUCUUGAGGGUGCAACUGUAUCUGAAAAUCAUCAAUGAGUCCCUCACAAGAGCCAUUGAGGAAAUGAAGAACAUUCGGCAUCUCAGUCAAUUCAAUCAGAUGAGCGAAUACUGCAGGAAGAGCGACCUUAUCGAUCAAUUGAGCAUUUUCCACUGCGAAGCCUGCGGCAUGAUGAGGAAAUUCACCUCGAUUUACGCAUCUCAGAUGCUUAUCCUCAUCAUAAUAGCCUUCUUCAACACCCUGGCGCAGCUCUACUACCUCUACUUCACUAUCAAGAUGAAUCUGAUGGGGCAACAGCGCACAGACUGGAGCAUCUCUCUGUACAGCAUCCUGUUUUCCUACUUCCAAUACGUCGACCUCUUCUUUCACGUUAAAACGUCAAUGGAGACAAUGCAGGAGAGCCAGAGAACUGGCAAAUUACUCCACAAUUUGCCAGUGUUGCAUGCCGAUGAGCGCCUGAAGAAAUCUGUGAGUUUAAUUGCGACGCACUGGCCAAAUGGGAGGCAAUUCAACCGCUCUUGUCACUUCCAGGUGAACAUUUUCUCCAUUCAAAUUGUCCAGGACAAAUUGGAUAUCACAAUUUGCGGCAUGUUCCCGCUGGAUUUCACACUAAUCACCUCCAGUGUGAGCUCGCUUAUCGGUUUCCUCAUUAUUAUGAUACAAUUCGAUCUGGCAUUGAAUCUUCCGACAACGAGAAAGCAGUAG